AUGGCUCCAUCUGCCGCAUCAUAUACCUUGUCAAUAAUAUCGCCAAAAGACUGCUUGUUGGUGUUUUUGGCACUGGAAGCCAGUCACUCUCCAUACAAAAUCACAAAGGGCUCUGCAUCAGGCAUACACAAACGAUUUGGUACAAAGUUUACACUGGCACUUCCAAGUGGAAAGAGUCUGUUUGAUGCAUUUGCUGCAACAAGAUAUCUACUACUGCCAAACGAUGUGGAUCCACCGUCCUUGGUGCGCUUUACAUGGUUGACGGAGCUAGUUCGUGAUCACGCUUCCGAAUUACACACCAUUUUACUCAAAAACAAAGACGAUUUCUUAUUGACACACCCUGCUGCACAAGCUGUUUGGAUUGCUGCACUGUAUUCGACAUUUUCAAGUGACGAGUCCGUUCGAUCACAGAAUUCAGCAGUAACAGCUUGGUUUGAUCAAUGUAUAGCUCAGCCGGAUGUGUCUAAAGGAGUUGCUGCUUGGAAGACGGUAUGUGGUUCGUCUUCUGGUGCUAAUGAAGCACCAUUACCUGUUGGAAAAGGAGGUGUAAAUUCUGAGGUGGUGAUCGCGUUAGAUCAUCAUUCAAGGGUGGUCAUGCCGAAAGAAGGAUCUCGAAAUAUUCUCAUCACAUCCGCACUUCCAUAUGUCAACAAUGUCCCUCAUUUGGGUAACAUUAUCGGUUCAGUGUUGAGCGCUGAUGUUUAUGCAAGGUAUUGCCGUGCUCGUGGAUACAACACUCUGUACAUAUGUGGAACAGACGAGUAUGGAACAGCAACAGAAACAAAGGCCUUAGAAGAGGGUGUCUCAUGUCAAGCCCUUUGUGACAAGUACAAUGCCAUCCACAAUCAAGUCUACAAGUGGUUUGGAAUUGAUUUUGACUUCUUUGGUCGAACUACUACUAAGCAACAGACAGAGAUUGCUCAAGAUAUUUAUAACAAACUGGAAAAGAAUGAUUACAUUAUUGAGAACACUAUGACUCAGCUGUAUUGUGAAAAGCAUCAAUCGUUUUUGGCAGACCGAUAUGUGGAAGGCACUUGUCCAUUGUGUGGAUAUGAAGAUGCUCGCGGAGAUCAAUGUGAUUCAUGCCAGAAACUAUUAAAUCCAAUCGAACUCAAGAAUCCAAGAUGUAAAUUGGAUGGCGCUACUCCAGUUGUAAGGGAUUCCAAACAUUUGUUUGUGAAUCUGACGAAACUCCAGCCGUUGAAUCAAAAGUUCUUUGAUGAAUCUAGCGUGCAGGGAAAGUGGUCGCCAAAUGGUAUUUCAAUCACGGAUUCAUGGUUGAAGCAAGGUCUUGAACCACGUUGUAUCACCCGUGAUUUGAAGUGGGGUACACCUGUGCCAGCUACAUAUAGAAAAGGAUACGAGAACAAGGUGUUUUAUGUGUGGUAUGAUGCUCCUAUUGGGUACUUGUCUAUAACAGCAAACUACACUCCAGAAUGGGAAAAAUGGUGGAAGAAUCCAGCUAAUGUGAAACUAUACAUGUUUAUGGGAAAAGAUAAUGUUCCCUUCCAUACAGUCAUCUUCCCAUCUUGUCAGAUCGGAACAGGCGAUCCAUACACAUUGUUGCACCACGUCAGUACCUCAGAAUACUUGCAGUAUGAGAACGGCAAGUUUUCGAAAUCACGGGGUGUUGGCGUCUUUGGUAAUAAUGUCAUGGACUCGAAAGUUCCAGUUGAAGUAUGGCGGUACUAUCUAUUAUCCAAUCGUCCAGAAACCGGUGAUUCCCAAUUCACAUGGGCCAAUUUCACUGCAGCCAACAACAAUGAACUACUGGCAAACCUCGGCAACUUUGUCAAUCGAAUUGUGAAAUUCAUAAUUGCCAAAUACGAUUCAGUGAUUCCAGCAUACUCUGUAGCAGGUGUUGCCGAGACCAAUCUCGUACAAGAUGUCAAUGGAAUCUUGGCCCAAUAUGUAGAGUCACUAGAAGCAGUGAAAUUACGACAUGGAUUGAAACUAGCCAUGGAUAUAUCAGCUCGUGGUAAUCUAUACUUGCAAGAUAACAAGAUUGAUAAUACCUUGUUUGCAAACAAUCGACAACGAUGUGAUACUGUUGUUGGAGUUGCUGCCAAUCUGGUAUAUUUAAUCAGCUCCUUGAUCUAUCCGUAUAUGCCAACUACGUCGGAAAGUAUUAUGAGACAGUUGAAUGCUCCUGCACGUAAGAUUACAGAUACAUGGGAUGGGUGUGAUAUCUUGUCGGGACAUCGUAUUGGGAAGGCUGAAUACUUGUUUCAACGUAUUGAUGAAGCUAAGGAGACCGAGCUAAGAAACAAGUACGGUGGUAAACAGGUCAAAGAUGACAUACCAUCUGCUACUGCAGCUGCACCGUCAGCCGCACCAGCAGCUAAAAAGGCAGCCAAGGAAGCCAAGCAAAGUAAACCUUGA